ACGAUCGGACUUUGGAGGUGGGGGGGGACUUCUUCAUCUUCUUCUUCUUCUUCUGCUUCUUCUUCUGCACACUCAGCUCUGAUUUCUUCCAUUUCGCUUCCCUCUCUCUCCGGAAAAAUCCUCUUCGCCGAAACCCUAAUCCCACCGCCGCCCUCCGUCCGGCGGACGCCGCCGCCGCCGCCUCCGAUUGCGACGCCAGCAUGAGCCGCCACGACGGCCGGUCCGGCGACCCCACCUCCUACCGCGACCGGAGAAGUGAUUCUGGGUUUGGCGGAGCUUCCAGCUAUGGUGCCCCAGUCCGGUCUUCAGCAGGUAGAAAGGAUUACGAUGGUGUUGAGUCGCCAAGGAGGACGGAUUUGGAUGGUUUGACUCCUUUCGAGAAGAACUUCUAUGUCGAGUCACCGUCGGUGGCUGCUAUGUCGGAUAAAGAUGUCGAGGAUUACAGGAAAAGAAGGGAGAUUACUGUGGAAGGCAAGGAUGUCCCAAAGCCUGUUAAAAGUUUUGAAGAUGUUGGCUUUCCAGAUUAUGUCAUGCAAGAAAUUGCAAAAGCUGGCUUUGUUGAACCUACACCAAUUCAAUCUCAAGGAUGGCCAAUGGCCCUUAAGGGGCGUGACCUAAUUGGUAUCGCGGAAACAGGGUCGGGAAAGACAAUUGCCUACCUAUUGCCUGCGAUUGUCCAUGUUAAUGCGCAACCAAUUUUGGCCCCAGGAGAUGGCCCCAUUGUGUUAGUGUUGGCCCCAACUCGUGAACUGGCUGUUCAAAUACAGCAGGAAGCUACAAAAUUCGGUGCAUCAUCAAGGAUAAAAAAUACAUGCAUAUACGGUGGGGUUCCGAAGGGACCUCAAGUGCGUGAUCUCCAGAAAGGCGUUGAAAUAGUGAUUGCUACACCAGGAAGGUUGAUUGAUAUGCUGGAGUCGCAUCAUACCAACCUGAGAAGAGUAACCUACCUUGUGUUGGAUGAAGCUGAUCGGAUGCUAGACAUGGGAUUCGAGCCUCAAAUAAGGAAAAUUGUUUCGCAGAUUCGCCCAGAUCGUCAGACUUUGUAUUGGAGUGCUACCUGGCCAAAGGAGGUCGAACAAUUAGCUAGGCAGUUCCUCUAUAAUGCCUACAAGGUGAUAAUAGGUUCUGAAGAUUUGAAGGCCAACCAUGCAAUACGCCAGAUCGUUGAUAUUGUCCCUGAAAAUAAAAAAUAUAACAAAUUGGUAAAUUUGCUGGAGGAUAUUAUGGAUGGUAGCCGAAUACUUAUCUUCAUGGAUACAAAGAAAGGGUGUGAUCAGAUAACUCGGCAACUGCGUAUGGAUGGUUGGCCAGCUCUCUCAAUCCAUGGGGAUAAAAGUCAAGCAGAAAGGGAUUGGGUCCUCUCUGAGUUCAAAGCAGGCAAAAGUCCUAUAAUGACUGCAACCGAUGUCGCUGCACGUGGUCUAGAUGUAAAGGAUGUGAAGUACGUGAUCAAUUAUGAUUUUCCUGGCUCACUUGAGGAUUAUGUCCACCGCAUUGGUCGUACUGGAAGGGCAGGGGCAAAAGGGACAGCAUAUACUUUCUUCACAGCUGCAAAUGCGAGAUUUGCAAAAGAAUUGAUUUCCAUCCUUGAGGAAGCAGGGCAGAAGGUCAGUCCUGAUUUGGCGGCCAUGGGGCGUGCUGCGCCUCCCCCUCCAGGUCAUGGAGGAUUCAGAGAUCGUGGAAGAGGUUACGGUGGGGGACGGCCCUGGAGCUGAAAAACCGGAGUCAGACUUCCAGCACAGAUGUAUCUUACAAAAGAGUACUUUCAGCAAUAAUUUGUACCCUCUGUUGCUUUACCUUAUUAGCAGUGUUGAGAAAACUAUUAAUAGUAGAAGAGUAGAAUUCGCCUCUCCUCUCCUCUCCUCCUUUUGUCCCUAUUCGCAAUCCGUUCUCAAUUUUGCUGAACUUCGUUCUUUGUGGGAAUCAUGACAGGAUGUAACCCGAUUCCUUGAA